AUGUUUUAUUACCACACCCAGCUUUACUUUCCCCUCGUCUCGCCGUGGCAGGGCUUCCACAAGUCUGACCCACCACGCCCCUUUGGUGGCGCGUGCGCGCUGCCGGCUAGGUAA